AUGGCAUCCUUGAUACAUAAUCGUUAUGCUUCUACUAAAUUCGAUUGGAUCAUCAACGACUUCGCGAAGGUGAACUCUGAAGAAGGACUAUGCUCUGAUGUUUUCUCUCUUGGCAAGUACAGAUCUAUCCAAAGGGGUAUGGAGAUGUAUUUGAGUACUUGUCAAUAUAACUUAAUCCCUGUGGACUGGAACAAUUAUCCGACUGCAGAGUUCAGCGCUUCCGUUCUUAAUCUAUACGAUCCUAAUGAAAGCGCGACAGAAGGAUUGAAACACAAGUUCGACAAAGACGGUAAUUACGGUUGGGGUUCGUCGACUUUCAUGCCUCUAAGUGACCUCCACGACCCUGAUGAAGGAUACAUUGUGCAUGGUACAUGCAUUAUUAGAGUUGAGGUUUCAUGUAGAAUAAUAGACGAUUUUGUUACCGAAUACGACAACGAGAGAAACGCAGAAAAGGUUAUGCAAUUUGGUGAUUAUCCAGGCGCCGGACAACCUUUUGGCAAAGGACAAGAUAAAAGCAAAGUUACUUUUCGCGAUGACAAGCAGGAAUUUGAAGAUAUUGGAGGCUUCCAUAUUCUGGAAAAGCAAGCGCCGCUAUAUAAGCAGAUAUGGAUGAAAUAUGGUCUUCGACCAAUGUUAUGCCGAUUGCCUCAUAUCAGGCCCUAG